AUGGGUUCGUCUAACCUUGCUGCAGUCGCAGGCUACUUAAUGCUGUGGUUGUUCAUCGCGUCUGCUGCGGCGGACGUUGGCGAUGACUACGAUGAUUACUCGUACUCAGACUUCUUCCCGGAGUUAUCGAUUCAGCCCUCGGGACUGGAUACCACGGACGCAGAUCCCGACGAAAAGCAUCACGAGUUCCGGUUCGUUGACUACAAGUCAGUACCGGAUGAGUUGGCUACGGUCCGCGACGACGACGGAUUGAUAUUUAGGUCCAAGGCACUACCGCCGUCGAUCAUCCGCCAACGAACAAACAUAAGUCGGGCCGACCGCGGAUUGAGACAGACGACGGUCAUCAAGAAACGCGGUGGCGUACCUUGGGCUUGGCAUGCUUCUGAUUUCGAUAUGGAGUCGGAUGGGGUGAUACCCGUUGUAAAUCACAUUCGGGAGAGCACAACUGAACGAUCAACAUCAACUUCAUUGGUAACUGCAUCAAAUCGCGUUUUUGACUUCAGUUGGAACGAUUUGAUAAAAAAGACUAACAAAAUACCACAACAGUCAAUAACGGAUGGCUACUAUAGUCUAUAG